AUGACCGAACUGCUUGAAGAUGUCGAUGGCGUGGAGGCGUCACAAGAUGACAUCUUAGUUGCAGGAAGCAGCAUGGAAGAGCAUGAUGRAAAGCUUGAGAAAGUCCUACUAGUCGUAAACGAAGCCGGACUCAAGCUAAACACAAAGAAAUGUGUAUGGAGACAGCCAGAAGUAACAUUCCUUGGUCACCGUUUUAGCAAGGACGGGGUAAAGCCAGACCCAAGGAAAAUUGCAGCAAUCAUUGACAUGCCAGAUCCCAGUAACGUCACGGAACUGCAGAGAAUCCGAGGGAUGAUAAACUUCGUUGGAAUGUUCGUCCCAAAUCUGUCAGCAAUGAUGAAACCACUCAACGACCUACUAAAGCAAGAGGUUCACUGGUCUUGGGGCCCGCCACAAAAGAAGGCACUGAAGGAAGUCAAAGAAGCCCUCACCAAAGCCACAACGUUAACAUUCUACGACCCUUCAAGGCCUACCGUCGUCUCGGCGGACGCAAGUAGCUAUGGGCUGGGUGCCGUAUUACUUCAGGAAGAAAACAACGUUCUCAAGCCUAUAGCAUUUGCUUCUCGCUCGCUGCUGCCUGCUGAAACAAAGUAUGCGCAGAUUGAGAAAGAAUGUCUGGCAUCAGUGUGGGCGUGUGAAAAGUUCGACAGAUACAUCAGAGGUCUACAGGAGUUCAGAUUGUUUACAGACCACAAACCGUUGGUACCACUUAUCAAUGGGUCUGACCUGAGUGCUGUACCAGUCAGAUGUCAAAGACUUUUGAUGAGAAUGAUGCGUUACAACCCUCGAGCACAGCACCUGCCAGGAAAAGAACUCGUCAUAGCGGACACGUUGUCUAGACAUCCAGUCAACUGUCCAAGCGAAUCAGAUACUAAAGAUCAUGAAGAAGUCAACGUAUAUGUUAACACAGUGACUAGCACCUGGCCUGUGUCACAAGACCGCUUAGAGGAAUUUAGACGAGCCACUGAAGCCGACACCACAUUGCACGAAGCAAUUAAGCUCACGAUCAAUGGAUGGCCGACACACGGAAGAGAGAUCCCAAACCACCUGCACGACUUGUUCUCCGUCCAAUCCCACUUGUCCGUGGCCGACAGACUGUUAAUAUUUGAUGGAAGAAUUGUCGUGCCUAAAGCAAUGCAACCAAGGAUUCUCGAGUUAAUCCACCAAGGCCAUCAGGGUAUCUCCAAGUGUAAAGAGAGAGCAAGCACAUCUGUAUGGUGGUUUGGCAUAAACUCAGACAUCAAAGACAAGGUAAGCCGUUGUCAUCUCUGUCAGCAAAAGAAACCUGCUCAGAAGAGAGAACCGUUGAUAACAUCGCCUUUGCCAGACAGUCCAUGGAGCCGAGUUGGAGCUGAUCUAUUAACGUUUGAUGGAAAAGAAUUCCUAGUCGUGAUGGAUUACUAUUCGCGGUACAUGGAGCUUGUGCACUUACCCAGUACGACAUCCAAAGUCGUGGUUGCCAAGUUAAAGUGCAUGUUCGCCAGGUGGGGUAUACCGAAAGAGCUAGUCAGCGACAAUGGUCCACAGUUUGCGGCAGAACACUUUGCAAGUUUUGCGAAGGAGUAUGGGUUCAAGCACACAACUUCGAGUCCAUACUAUCCGCAGUCUAACAUACUAUCCGCAGUCUAA